AUGGAAGGUAAUGGAGCAAAUAAUAAUUUAAAUGAUGCGAUUUCUUGUCUCAAACUUGAUUAUAAAAAUAGAAAUCAUCCACAUUUGACUAAAUUCUUGGAUUUAUGUAAUAUCAAACAAAUUCGAAUGAAUGAUUUAAAACUUGCUGAUAAAAAAUCUUCUCCUGCUGAACAAUUUCGAAGAAAAUUAAUUGAAAUUUCACCAUUUUUAAAAAAAUGGCUGAAACAUUUAUCUGUUUCGUCUGAUAUUAUAUCAUCAGUUGACAAAAAAAUUCAGCAAGAAAAUGAUUUUGUGGAAGCGGAUUCUUUAGAAUUAUUUUACAACCAGAACUUUGUUCAAAAAACAAAUGUAUAUUUUGACAGUAGAAAUAAACAAUUAUAUGUUGCACGACCAUGGGACAGUGAAACAACAUUUAUAAAUCUUCCGAAUAAAUUAUGUCAAUUACUAAAUAUACAUGGAUUUGAAGAUAAACUUAGAUUUUUAUUAAAAGGAACAAUUGAAGAGAUUAAAAAACACUUUGCUAAUAAUUCGAUUGAAAUACCAACCAAUAAUGACAUUAUUAUUUUAGAGCCUUUGUCAAGUGCUAAUGUCCUAAAGCAACCAAAACCGUGUGCAACAACGCCAUCUGACUCAAACAAGUCUAGUCCAUCUAAUAAAAAUAAAGAAAUGAAUACUUCUAAACCUGAAAUUACUCCAGAGACUGCAGAAACACCGAUCGCUAAUUCAAAAAAUCAAAAGAAUAACAAUGAUACUGCUAUGAGCUUAAAACAACCAUAUCCAGUUUUUCCACAACAUCCACAAUUUACAUUUUACGUACCAAUCCAACCGAUGAAUCUACCAACAGAUCCGUGUGGAAGAACAUUACCAUUCGUUUUUAGUACAUCAGAAGACGAAGAAAUCGAAAAUAUUGAAUUAAUACAUGCAUCAUCAAUAACACCAUCUAACGGAGUAUUAUUGGAAAAUCUAUCCGACGGAACAGGAGAAUUUGAAAGUUUUGAGUUAAAUACUGGACGUAUUGGUGAAGAAAUGGUAUACAAAUAUUUAUUGAAUGAAUAUCGUGACCAUCCAAAUCCAGUUAUUAUCAAAUGGUUAAAUCAAAACCAAGAAACUCAUUUACCUUAUGAUAUUUCAUUAACUAAAAAUGGAAAAACUCAUUAUAUUGAAGUAAAAUCAACACGUGUAAAUAAUCAACAUAUAUUUCCAUUAUCAAUUAAUCAAAUUGAAACUUUUUUAAAGCUGAGAGAAAAUUAUUUCAUUUAUCGAGUAUAUAUAGGCGAGAAAAAGUUUAUCAUUUUAGAUAAUAUUCCAUGGCGUUUAAUCAAGGGGGAAACACCGUACUUUGUACUUUAA